GGCGCCCCCCGCGAGCCGGCCAUGUCCUCGUUCUCCGAGUCGGCGCUGGAGCGGAAGCUGUCGGAGCUGAGCAACUCCCAGCAGAGCGUCCAGACGCUCAGCCUGUGGCUCAUCCACCACCGCAAGCACGCCGGGCCCAUCGUCACCGUCUGGCACCGCGAACUCCGUAAGGCAAAGUCGAGUCGGAAGCUCACUUUCCUGUACUUGGCAAAUGACGUCAUCCAGAACAGCAAAAGGAAGGGACCCGAGUUUACAAGGGAAUUCGAAUCAGUUCUCGUGGAUGCGUUUUCACAUGUUGCCAGAGAAGCAGACGAGGGCUGCAAAAAGCCCCUGGAGCGAUUGCUGAACAUCUGGCAAGAGAGGAGCGUGUAUGGCAGUGAGUUCAUUCAGCAGUUGAAACUGUCUAUGGAAGACUCGAGUAGCCCCCAACCUAAAGUUACAGAGGAGAAGAAGUCCUUGAAGCGGACAUUUCAGCAGAUACAAGAAGAGGAAGAUGACGAUUACCCUGGGAGCUACUCCCCACAGGAUCCCAACACUGGGCCCCUUCUGACCGAGGACUUGAUCAAAGCCCUGCAAGACCUGGAAAAUGCAGCCUCCGGAGACGCCACCGUGCGGCAGAAGAUUGCCUCUCUCCCCCAGGAGGUCCAGGACGUGUCGCUUUUAGAGAAGAUUACAGACAAAGAGGCGGCUGAACGCCUUUCGAAGACUGUGGACGAGGCAUGUUUGCUGCUGGCAGAGUACAAUGGGCGGCUGGCGGCAGAGCUGGAGGACCGGCGCCAGCUGGCACGCAUGCUGAUUGAGUACACGCAGAACCAGAAGGAUGUGCUGACAGAGAAGGAGAAGAAGCUGGAAGAGUACAAGCAGAAGCUUGCUCGGGUAACGCAGGUCCGGAAAGAGCUUAAAUCCCACAUUCAGAGCCUGCCUGACCUGUCGCUGUUGCCCAACGUUACCGGAGGGCUGGCUCCUUUGCCAUCUGCUGGGGACCUUUUCUCAACUGACUAGGACACUAAGGACGUGUGUCCGCCAGUCCCUCUUCAUCUCUGCCCCCUCCCAAAAUCCUAUUCCAAUCAAUACCAGCAGAGAGCACCUCGCGAUGGUGGACAGUUCUCAAAGCAAACUGUGACAUAGGAAGCGUAGACAGACAGACAGACAGAGGCUGUCCUCUGGUCUCUCGGCAGGACCUGCUCCUUGUGAUGGAAGGAAGGCACCCUUUCGUGUUUGUCAAAACAUUUAACUUUACUUUCCACUUUACACAUCCAGUUUCCACCUCCACCUGUACAAAGUGUGCGUGUCUGUUUCAGACAAAAAAAAAAAAACAGAACUUGAUUUAUGGUUUGCUCCCCCCGCCCCCUGUAUAAAAAGAAAUGGGUUGUUUCUGAAUAAGUUUGGUGUGUGUGAGGCUUAAUUUUUCCAGGCCUCCCAACUCUAGAGUAGACAGGCAGCAUCACUACGUGAAGACAGCAAGGCUGAGAUGCAUGCCCUACCUGGGGUGAGAUCUGCUCUUUUGGGUCACAUUUCUGGGAAGAGGGGCCAAAACGCCGUUCUCUCAGUCGGCAUUAACCUUUUUCCCCUUUUGCCGCUCUCGCAGAGCCACUUUGCCUGGCCUCCCUCAUCGGUCUUGUGUCCGGCUUGGUCCUCCUGCAGCAUUUGCAAGCGGCAAGUGUAGGUUUUUAGUCAGCUGGUAUUGAAUGCUUUCUUUGGAACAGCCUUCUUGAUGGACUGCAGUCUUCCUCUCAUAAAGAGGUGUUGAAACCCUAUCCAUUAAAUUCCUCUGUAGCUGUGAUAGAUUUGGCAAGCCCACAUGUCCUAGAAGGAGCAUCUCUUAGGCAUUAAGCCUUGGGCCAUUUCGAAGACCAGGCGCCUCCCUCGGAGAUGUUCCUCCUUGUGGAUUGUGCUCGUUGGGAGUCCGCGUUCUUCUCUUGGUUUCUUCUUUUCCCCUCUACCAGCAGGCCAGGUAAACAGGGCCACAGGGUUUGUGCAUGUGGACUGGCCUUUCCCAAAGGUUACCCUCUCCAACGUCUUGGGCUACAGCUCCCACAGCACGUUGUGUGGGCAUCGGGAGCCUGUGGCAUUGGGAAGAUCUCAGGGAGGCUGGAUGGUGGUGGUGGUGGUGGGGUUUCAGUUCCAUCAGCGUGCCCAAGGGUUGGGGAAGCCAACGUCCAAAGCAUCACAGAGACUGAAGGUGGAGGGUGAAGGCUUAAAUCUACACUUGCGCUGACGGAUGGUUUGGGGGUUUCUCUCUUUCCUCUUAAAAGGAAGCAGGUCUCCCAACCUCUCUGCAGCCAUUGCACCGGGGGUUGCGGUGGCUGUCCUUCCUUCCUUCCUGGUCUCUGAGGAAAGAAGAAGGGCCUUCCCCUUGGCUUUUUGCUGAGGGGUCCCUUGCCACUUUUGCAUCUUCCUUCCGUUUGGCCUGGAAACGACCGACAUCCUAGCUUCUUUGCCAACCGAUCCAACCCCCCAAACUGCAUUUCUCCUCAAAGGGCAGCCACAGGACAGUUUUGAGUUCUACAUUCUUCGCCUGCGGAUCUCGAGUUUCCACCUGGAUGCCGCUUCCCUUGGUCAAUCUUGGAGUUGUCGGAGAAGCCCCGUGUGUAUGCGCGUGCGUGUAAGCGUGUGUGUGGGUGUGUGCCCGAGCCCAUGACAGAGCAGCACAAUGUUGGCAGCCUGGCUGUUCCAUGUUUGUUUUGUUUAAUGUCCCCGAAAUCCCAUGAAACCCAUUUGUGUGAAGGUUCUGGGAGGGGCUGGAGCCUCUGCGUGGGCGGGAGGUGGGGGCCACAGUGGCGCUCCGCUCCGGGUGGUCACGUGUUGAGGGCGAUUCUUCCCAAGGCGCUUUCUUAAAUCUGUAUAUGAAUUGAUCUAGAGAUAAAUUUAGAGAUAUAGGCUGCCGUUUUAGCAGCAGUAUAUUCUGAAAUGUCUCAUAAAUAUAUUUUUGAAUAAAGAGAGUGUCAUCCAA